GCUUUCUUUUCUUUGAACAGGUUGCCGCUCAGCGCUGAAGAGGAAAUAAGAGACUGCUGCUUGUUUGCCUUCCCUACGGGGAUCCAUGUCGCCUCCUCGUGUCCAGUUCCCAGCGGCCUUCCAGUAUGUCCUGGUUUAGCGGCAUCCUGGUGCCCAAAGUGGACGAGCGGAAGACUGCUUGGGGGGAGCGCAAUGGGCCCAAGCGCCACCGCCCGGCGCUCUGUGGCCCACGCUACAUGAGUUGCCUGCAGGACCCGGAGCUGGAGCGCGGAGGCAGCGGGGGGCUGGGCCUGAACUGUUCAUGGCAGGAGGACCACUAUGGCAAGAAGCCGCCGCCGCCGCCGCCACCUCCGCCGCCUGGCACUGGGGACCUGGGACUCAAAGCCGUGGACCUGGGCUUCGAGGACGGGGAUGGAGAGACCAAGGGGCUCUCGGCCAGCGACUGCGGCCGGCGCCUGCUGCAAGUGUUCCGCUCCAAGCGCUUCCGUUCGGCCAAGCUGGAGCGGCUCUACCAGCGCUACUUCUUCCAGAUGAACCAGAGUUCGUUGACGGUGCUCAUGGGAGUCUUGGUGCUGGCUUGCGGGAUCAUGCUGCUGUUCCACUGCGUGCCUGGCACACCCCGCGUGCCCUAUGCCGCUGCCCUGGCCGUGGCGGCCGCCCUGUUCCUCUCGCUCAUGGUCCUCUGCAACCGGACUGGCUUCCACCAGGACUGCAUGUGGGCCGUGAGCUACCUGGUCAUUGGAGCGCUGUGCGGGGUGCAGGCUCUGGGCACUCUCCUGGUCUCGCCACGCAGUGCCUCCGAGGGCGUCUGGUGGAGCGUCUUCUUCAUCUACAUCAUCUACACCCUCCUGCCUGUCCGCAUGCGGGCGGCGGUCCUGGCAGGGGCCUUGCUCUCUGUGCUGCACCUGGUAAUCUCCUGGCACCAGAACAGGGCGGACUCCUUCCUUUGGAAGCAGCUUGGAGCCAACAUUUUGAUCUUCCUGUGUACCAACGUCAUUGGCAUCUGCACCCACUACCCGGCUGAGGUGUCGCAGCGCCAGGCCUUUCAAGAGACCCGGGGCUACAUUCAGGCGCGGCUACACCUGCAGCGUGAAAACCGCCAGCAGGAGCGGCUCUUGCUAUCCGUGCUGCCCCAGCAUGUUGCCAUGGAGAUGAAGGAGGACAUCAACACCAAGAAGGAGGACAUGAUGUUCCACAAGAUCUACAUCCAGAAACAUGACAAUGUCAGCAUUCUGUUCGCUGACAUUGAGGGUUUCACUAGCCUGGCGUCCCAGUGCACAGCGCAGGAACUGGUCAUGACACUGAACGAGCUUUUUGCCCGUUUUGACAAGCUGGCUGCGGAGAAUCAUUGCCUCCGCAUCAAGAUCCUGGGGGACUGCUACUACUGUGUCUCUGGACUUCCAGAACCACGGGCGGACCAUGCCCAUUGCUGCGUGGAGAUGGGCGUUGACAUGAUCGAGGCCAUUUCGCUGGUGCGUGAGGUGACGGGGGUGAAUGUGAACAUGCGUGUCGGGAUCCACAGCGGGCGUGUACAUUGCGGAGUGCUGGGGCUACGCAAGUGGCAGUUUGAUGUCUGGUCCAAUGAUGUCACCCUUGCCAACCACAUGGAGGCUGGUGGAAAAGCUGGGCGGAUCCACAUUACGCGAGCUACGCUGCAGUACCUGAACGAGGACUACGAAGUGGAGCCGGGGCACGGGGGUGAGCGCAACGCCUACCUGAAGGAGCACAACAUCGACACCUUCUUCAUUGUGGGCUGCAGCCAGAAACGAAAAGAGGAGAAGGCCAUCUUAGCCAAGCUGCAGAGGGCUCAGGCCAAUUCUACCGAAGGACUGGUGCCUCGCUGGGUCCCUGAGCGCUCCUUCCCCCGGACGAAGGACUCCAAGGCCUUCCGACAGAUGGGUAUUGAUGAUUCCAGCAAAGACAACCGAAGCACGCAGGAGGCCCUGAACCCUGAAGAUGAAGUGGAUGAGUUUCUGGGCAGAGCCAUUGAUGCCCGAAGCAUUGACCAGCUGCGCAAGGACCACGUCAAACGCUUCCUGCUCACUUUCCAGAAGCCAGAGUUGGAGAAGAAGUAUUCCAAAAAGGUGGACACCCGCUUUGGCGGCUACGUGGCUUGCACUGUUCUCGUCUUCUGCUUCAUUUGCUGCAUCCAGAUUGUCAUCUUCCCGCACUCCCCUCUGAUGCUUGGCUCCUACAUCAGCAUCUUUGUCAUCCUGGCCACCAUCCUUUUUGUCUGUGCCAUCUACUCCUGCCUUGGCCCUUUUCCAGCCGCCUUGCAGCGCGUCUCCCGCAAGAUUAUCCAGUCCCGAAUGAACAGCACGAUCACUGGUGUCGCUGCCAUCCUGCUGGUCUUCAUCUCUGCUUUUGUCAACAUGUUUGCUUGCAGCCGGCUCCGCCUCCAAGACUGCGCUGCCGGGUUUCUCAACAUUACUCCAGCCGCCGUGGGGCCCUGCCACCUACGUGCCCUCAACUACUCGUUGGCAUCGGACACUCUGCCCUGCCAGGGAAAUGGUGCUUCUAGCUGCAGCUUCCCUGAGUACUUCACUUACUCGGUGUUGCUGAGUCUACUGGCUUCCUCUGUUUUCCUGCACAUCAAUAGCCUUGGGAAGCUGGCGUUGCUGAUAGGGAUGGAGGUGGUGUACCUGGCCGUGGCCGAAGGGCCCCAGGGGGUGUUGUUUGACAACUACGACCUGCUGGUGGCUGCUAAUGCCCUGCCAGCCUUCAAUGAGACCCACAGUAGCCAAGAUUGUUCUGCAGAGGGGAAAGUGGCCCUACAGUACAUGACACCUGUCAUCCUGCUGCUCUUUGCUUUGGCACUCUAUCUGCACGCCCAGCAGGUGGAGUCUACGGCCCGGCUGGACUUUCUCUGGAAACAACAGGCUACAGGUGAGAAGGAGGAGAUGGAGGAGCUUCAGGCCUACAACCGCCGGCUGUUGCACAACAUCUUGCCAAAAGAUGUGGCCGCCCACUUCCUGGCCCGCGAGCGGCUCAACGACGAGUUGUACCACCAGUCGUGCGAAUGCGUCGCGGUCAUGUUUGCCUCGAUCAGUAACUUCUCAGAGUUCUACGUGGAGCUGGAAGCCAACAAUGAAGGCGUUGAGUGUCUGCGGCUGCUCAAUGAGAUAAUUGCUGACUUCGAUGAGAUUAUCAGUGAGGAGCCAUUCAGGCAGCUGGAGAAGAUAAAGACGAUUGGCAGUACCUACAUGGCGGCUUCAGGGCUGAACGACAGCACGUAUGACCGCGAGGGGCGUUCCCAUAUUACAGCGCUGGCAGACUAUGCGAUGCGGCUCAUGGAGCAGAUGAAAUAUAUCAACGAACACUCAUUCAACAACUUCCAAAUGAAAAUUGGGCUAAAUAUUGGGCCAGUAGUGGCUGGGGUGAUUGGAGCCCGAAAGCCACAGUAUGACAUUUGGGGCAACACGGUGAAUGUCUCUAGCCGUAUGGACAGCACUGGUGUCCCUGACCGUAUUCAGGUGACAACUGACCUAUAUCAGGUAUUGGCAGCCAAAGGUUAUCAGCUGGAGUGUCGUGGGGUCAUCAAGGUCAAGGGCAAAGGCGAGAUGACCACCUAUUUCCUGAAUGGAGGACCCACCAGUUAGCAAGAAAAGAGCCUUUGCUUAACAGAGGGACCUAUUAAGCUGGCCUCAGUCAGGCAGCAUGGGAUUGAUUGGUUCUCUGUCUUUCUCUCUUUGCUCUGGAUUUUGGAACACACCCUCCUAAAAAGGGAAGAAAAACCCUACAGCUUCUGAAAUGGGAUCCUUGAUAGUGUUGGGAAAAAAGAGGAGAUGUCAGGGGGUCGCUUUACCCCUAUACAAGACUUAUUUUUUUAUUUAUUUGGAGCAAAGCCUAACUUGGAGUGCCUCCUUUUGGGCCCGUGUGGGUGCUAUUUUGGGGUGAAGUUUGUUGUGAACCUUCUGCCGCUCUUGGGAUCAGCCAAAGGACCUGGUGAAGCAAGGUUGCAGCAGGGGUUAGAAGACCCCGCCCUUGUGGUUCCACAAAGCUGACAUUUUGAUUUUAUUGUUGAAGAGAGGCUAUACCCUUUUCUUUCUGCCCCGCCUCCACCCUGAAGCAUUGCUCGGAUGUUUUUUUGAGAGGGGCUCCAUUUCUCUCGUGGCGCCAUUUUGCUGAGACUUUCCAGAAGCGCAGCGACUGCACUUUUCUCUUGGGGGAGGUGACUUUUCCCCCAGUGCAUUUUGUUGGUCACAUCUCUCAGCAAACACCCACUCUUAUCUUUU